AUGACAUCACCGCUGCGCUCGUUCGCUAGGGAUGAAGCUUCGGUCACUUCACCCUACCGCCAUCCGUUUGCUGCGUCUCCUUCGCCCAAACCUUCCCACAGCCCCUUCUUGUCGCGUCGGCCGCUUUCGGGCGGCAACAGAACCUCAUUACACUCGCGGUCAAGCAACGAUACCCUGCCGGCACCUCGUCCUGAUCUAGCCUCGAGACCACCAGACGCCAUCUCGACAUCGAGCAGCACGCUAGUGAACGCCGACACCACAUCCGACUAUCGCCCGUGGGAGGUGCGUUCCAGCUCAAGCGAAAGCUCUCUCGCCUCAGCUCUGCUUUCCGUGGACGGUGGAGCCACGCCCACACUCUCCGCACUUGACGACGUCGGCACGCUCCCUUCCAUCCACAUCUCGCCUCUCCCUGCACGCACACGGCCUCGCCCGAAAGGCUCCGACAAACCCGCCGUCGCUGCUUCGCCUCGCAGGUCGCGUCCACGCCAGGUGUGCCCGGAUGAUUGCCGCUGCUCGGAUCAGGACAUCGAUCUCGGACUGUGCCGUCGCGCCGCCGCUUCCUCCUCUUCCGGCUCGGACCCGGGCUCGUUGUCCGUCGGCAUGCAUCCCAUGAGGCCGCGCAACACAACCCCGGACGCUGUCAAUGCCGAUGCGGAAGAAGUACUGCAUCCCAGUAGCGCGGCUCCCUACGACCAGUCUCACAACUCCAACUCGGCGUCCGAACCACGUUCGCACAGCCGCGACUUUAAAAAGGACCCGGUGCUGGUGCCCAAGUCGGCGCGCGCACGCCUGGGGCCACGCGCACACCAGAACUCCUACGACCAGCUCCAGCGCGGGCUCGACACGCUCGAGAGCAGCGACUCGGCAGACAGCGAUGCAGAGCAUUCGCGCGCCGUGCAGAGGAGAGCAGAGUCCAUGGCCCGCUGGACUGCCCGCCGCUCAUCCACCGAAGUGCGUUCCCAACCCAACGGCAGGCGCUCACCGGUUGCAGCGCCCGUAGCAGCAGACACGUCCUCGCCGGCGCGCCCGGGCCCGGUGCCCUCUCCGUCCCGCCGCACACCGCAAUCGAGGCACGCAGAAGAGUCUAUCGAGGCAUCGUUCGCCACGCCCUUGAUGACGCCCGGCCGCAAAAGCAUCGCGGCCGUAUUCGAGUCGAUGCAGAAGGAGCGCGAGGCGCGGGCUGCCGAAGAGCAUCGGCAGUGGCAAGAGAAGCAGGCGCGGAGAGAACGUGAACGGGCAGCCCGCGCCUUUGUCCCCUCCCGGCGCCGCACGUCCGCAGCCAGCUCCCAGUUCGACAGCCCCGCUUCCGCAUCAACCGCCCCCGACCGCGCUUCGCCGGACUGGAGGACUCCCGCGACUCGUUCGCCAGUGUCAGUCUCGGCCACCGCAUCCCCGCUGCUCUCGAGCGCCGGCUCUCCCAAGAUCGACGAACACGCAGCUUCCGACGUACAGCCGCGGCAUCUGGGCGAAGAGGCGAGUGCGCGCAUCCCCGACACCCUCGCCGAGGCAGACGAGGACGAAGCUUCAUCUGCCAAUGGCCAGGCUCGAGAUCCCGAUCGCUCGCAAGAGGUAAGUGUGGGCGCGAGAGCGGUGGACAAGCUGCCGACGACGCCGCAGACGCAGCAGGUGGCGUUUGGGUUCGCCUCGCAGCCCAUGGCGCUUGAACUGUCGCCUGCACGCAGCUUGUCGUCGGUCUCCAGCCCGGCAUCCUCCCCGCGCAAGGGCGCACACCGGCGGCAGAACACCAACACGGUCAGCGUCGCGGCCAACCUCCCCUCGGCCUCGCUCGGCGCAGCUCGCCAGCGACUCAACCACGUUCUGCGGUCCAAUGCAUCAGCGCCUGAUGAGCAGGACUCAAAAUUGCAGGCAGAGCACGAGUAUCCGCAGACGCCGAUCAACAGCAUCCUCUCCUCGGCCAGGAAGGGUCCGUUGAGUGCAGCACGGCGCGGGCACAGUGUGCGCUUCAGUCCGCGGCCCGACUACCGAUCCGACUCGGGCUCCUGGGACGAGAGCACUCAGGCGGCGGGCAACGACGAGGGCGACUCGCGCGAGGCGGCCGUGACGCGUCUGCUGCUUCCGGCUCAACCCAUCCGGAUCCCCGAUAUUCUCCAGGCUGCGUCCGAUACGGCACCUGCCGAACCCACCAAGGAGCACGUGGUGGCUGCGGCGGAAGCAGAGGAGAGCGUUGGUGGACUGCAUACAGCCGCCAAGGUGGAGGAGCCCGAGGCGGCGGGCUCGUUUUCGCAGAGCGUGCGCUUCCCGGGCGCGUAUGCGUGCACACCGGUCAAGGCCAAGACGUUUUCGCGACACAUCAUCCGUGCCAGCCCCAAGACGGAACGAGUGCUGCCUCCCGCGAUGAUCACAACUCCUGCAGCGGUGCAGGGCGAGUACGGGCUGUUUCCGGAAUCGGGCGCGGACAUUCCGCGCGAGUCGACUCCGCCUCCCAGGCCGUUCUUGCCACCGGAUGAUCCGCGCAACUCACCGCGCUCCCCGAGGCCGGCGAGCCUGGGUCAGGAGUUUGCGAGCUUCGAGGCGGGAACGUCCGAUGAUUCGAGCGGAUCCAAUCCGCAAGAUCUUCGCGUCGGCGGCGGAGAUGAUUCGCUGCAGGCGACGGUGAGCAAGAUGCUAACCACCAUGCAGGCGGCGCACGAAGCGAGGGAGAAGAGAGGUAGACUCGGUGAAGCGAUCACUGCAGUCGGCGAAAGCAUGAGCAAGGUCGAAGCGGUACGACGACCUGAGUUCCACUCACCCACGGCGCGGCUACCUCGAGACUCUCGUGCUGCAUGGGAAGCUGUGAUCCAGGGGGAGGAGCAAGACAGGAAGCGCGUCGAGGAGUUGCGAGCUGAAGUUGCGCAAGCCCUCGCUGUUCUUGCCGACCGUGUUGUUCGACUUCAAGCGCAAAUCCCCAACGAGCUUGCCACGCCACCACUGACCUCGGCGAAACCAAGCAGGGGGAGAUUGCGGAUCGUGGUGGUUGUGGUGGUACAGUGCAUGUUGAUAGCGUAUCUAAUGGCCCUUGCUGAGCGCAAAGCCCAUCGCAUGCGCAUGUUCACCAGCCCCAGUGACCUUCGCCACCUCUUGAACGCCAGGUCGAAUAUCGAAUGGGAAUCGUCGGCGCACGAUAUCCACCUCACCCCUCUUCUCGCCAUCCCAGGCCUGGCUCAGCUCGCAAACGCCUUCCCACCGCUUCCAUCACCCUCAAUGCUGCGUCUCAUUCCAAACCAUCCCGCAACGUCGGUCUCCCAAAUCUACACAGCCUACAUUCGCAUCAACGGAUUCCCAACCUUCGCCCUCCAGCUAACUCUCUACGCCAUAGCCCAACUCAUCGGCUCGCUAGUCAUCCUCCUCUCAGCCCCACUCCACGUGCUCUGGUACAUCACCAACCCCUCUAGCUUUUGA